CAAUCAUUAUGCAAAAGCUCGCACCAUUCUCUCUUGCGCAGCCACCAGCCAUCUUUUCCGGCUUCCCGCAACUCCUCCUCCAUGGAAUCCGAACGUCCGCAAACCACCAUGACUUCUCGUCAACAAGACCUUUCCCUGAUUACUCUCCAAAGAAGCCUACCAUCAGGGACGAGGAAGUCGUGCACCAAAUCUCGACCACCAUCAAGCUCCGUCGGUCGGAGCCCUUGGUUCAAGUUCUGAAACCAAUAGAAACGCGUUUCCGGGCCGACCAUCUCAUUUGGGUACUCAUCAAAAUAAGGCGGGAUUUCAGAUUAGCGAUGGAUUUCUUCAACUGGGCGCGAGCUCGAAGGCGACUCUCUGCUGAAGCUCGCUGCAUCAUCAUACACAUUGCUCUGGCUUGCAAGAAACCGAAGGCCGCGUAUCAGUUCGUAAGGGAAUUCGUUUCGGAAUGUGACAACGAUGUCGAUUCCUUGGAUCAUUUUGUCGACAAGGUCAUUUAUACCUACAAGGAAUGGGGCUCGAACCCUCUGGUUUUCGACAUUUUCUUCAGAGUUCUUGCCGAGUUCGGGAUGGUGGAAGAUACCUUGAAAUUUUUCGAACGCCUUCUGAAUUAUGGCUACCUCAUCUCUACUGAUUCGUGUAAUUUCAUCCUCGUUCAUCUCGUUAAGACGGGCAAAAUCGAACUCGCGAACAAGGUUUUCAAUGAAUUGGCCGAAGAGGGUGUCUGUUGGAACACCGAAUCCUACAAUAUCAUGAUUCAUGGCGUAUGCAAAUCCGGAAAUUUAAGCGACGGCCGCGAACUUCUUAUCAGAAUGGAGGCGAAUGGAUGCUCACCAGACGUCAUCAGUUACAGUACGAUAAUCGAUGGGUAUUGUCGAUGUGGGGAGCUUCAGAGUGCCUUAGAAAUCAUGAAGGAAAUGACUGAUCAAGGUCUGAGGCCCAACGCCUUCACUUACUGUAGCGUGAUGGUUGUUCUUUGCAAAAACAAAAGAAUGGUUGAAGCAAAGGAGCUUCUGAGGGAAAUGAUGAACAAUGGGAUCGUUCCAGACAGUGUCGUUUACACGGCAUUGAUAGAUGGAUUCUGCAAAGACGGAAAUCUACGGGAGGCUUACGAACUAGUUGACGAAAUGAAGCAGCGGGUGAUGGAGUUGGAUGUUGUGGCUUACACAGCAUUAAUGAGCGGAUUGUGUCGAGUUGGGAAGAUGGUAGAGGCGGAAGACCUUUUCCAGGAAAUGAUUCGUAAGGGGAUUAAUCCAGAUGAGGUUGCCUAUACUUCUCUUGUUGAUGGAUACUGCAAGCAGCAUAAGAUGAAGGAGGCAUUUCACCUCCAUAGCCAAAUGUUGCAGGAAGGUCUGGCUCCUAACAUUGUUACAUACACUGCACUAGCAGAUGGCUUGUGUAAAAAGGGAGAGGUGGAGACAGCUAAUGAGCUUUUGCAUGAGAUAUCAAGCAGGGGGAUGCAGCUUAAUGUCUGCACAUACAAUUCGCUUGUCAAUGGUUUGUGUAAAGCAGGGAACUUAGAGGAGGCAAGAAAGCUCAUGGCAGAAAUGAAGGGUGCAGGGAAAUUUCCUGAUGCCGUUACAUACACCACUUUAAUGGAUGCAUAUUGCAAGUUGGGAAUGAUAGAAGAAGCCUAUAAUUUCCUCAAAGACAUGCUUGACGAAGGCCUUCAACCAACAGUCGUGACUUUCAACGUGCUAAUGAAUGCUUACUGUGCAUCUGGGAGGCUGGAAGAUGGUAGGCAUCUCUUGAACUGGAUGGUGCAGAAACAUAUCAUGCCAAAUGCUACCACUUAUAAUUCUAUGCUCAAGUUACACUGCAUCAACAGUGAUAUGCGGGCGUCGAGUCAAAUUAUCAAAGAGAUGCGGGAAAUGGGUGUACAGCCUGAUGAGAAUACGUACAACAUAUUGAUAAAGGGGCAUAGUAAAGCUAGGAACAUGAAGGAGGCAUGCUAUUUCCAUGGUGAAAUGGCUAAUAAAGGACUGAAACUUAGAGCUAGUACUUAUAAUGCUCUCAUCAUCGGACUCUGCAAAAGACGGAGAGUAGCUGAAGCCAUGAGAUUACUAGAAGAGAUGAGAAUGAAUGGUCUUAUCCCUGAUCGAGAUGUUUACAACAGAUUUAUUGAUCUGAGUUACCAUUAUGGUGACAUGGAAUUGACGCUUGAGCUCUGCGAUGAAGUAGUAGAGAAAUGCCUGACAGGCAAGGAGCAUCAGGAAAAUUCAUAUGUGGCGUGAUUGAAGGUUGUGGUUCUAAGUUUGCAGGAAAGAGUUCGUGCCUUCAAAUGAGACCAUAUCUGAAGAGGUUGCUUCAUCAUCGGCCAAUAAGAGCUAAGGUUCUCAAAGGGACCUUUUGUGCAGUUGCUGAAUCAGGUUAUUUUAUCAGAUCCAACUCAUGUUCGCCACUCUUAGUGAGUUGCAACUUAAUAUUUUCAGGGACCUUAUGCAUCAUAUAGGUUCAUUAUUGGCUGAAUUUAGAAAUAUUUAUUAGUCAGAGUUUUAAACUUUUAACCGUACCUGGAUUGCCAUUUGUUUACCUCUAUUAUUUUUUUAUUUUCCAUUAAUUCUAUUUUUGUGGUGUGCUAGGCAAGAUGGGAUUUGAAAUUUUGAACCUGCGAUCCCAUAUGAUGUGCCUCUUGCCUGUUCAGAUAGAACUGAUGCCUUUGGUGAGUCAAAUGAAAAGGCAUUGGGAAGCUGCAAGAAAGUAUAUUUCACAUCCUGUGGCCCAAGGCUUCUAAGUACAGAGUCAAUUCAAGAGGACCUUUUCAGCAUCUUGAGAGUGGGUGCAUCUGUCUCGGCAAUGACUUGAGGAAGGGUUGUAGAAUACAGCUAGACUCAAUUUUUGGCUUCAUGGCUGGGUGCUGCAGCAACGAGAAGAUUCAUCAUAAAUCAUGUCCAUGCUCUUACUGUUAACUCUACUCUCAAGAAGAUUCCGGUUGAGUAUGAGGAAAGUUAGUGAAGAUGCAGAAUGCUGCCCUUUUUCGUCCGGCUUGUUCUAAAUAAAUGAGGUUGAAUCUAAUGCAACAUAUACUAUGUUCCGAGACCAGGAUUUGGUGCUUGCAGUUGGUAGAGCAGCAGAGCAAUUAUCAGUUGUUUGAAAAGCAGAUGCCUUCUGGGCAUGUUCAGAGUAGUUAUCAGUUGUUAGAAAAGCAGACACCUUCUGAAGGGCUCAUAGCACUAGCACAAACUUCCUUUGUUUAGAUAUCAGGGAGAUUCUUUCUAUGAGAUAUGAUCCAAAGAUAUCUAUAGGCCUUCUCGGAUGCUAUAAAAUUCCUUUCUUCCGGAGAUGGUGGAUAUUACACCAUGGUGAAUAGUCUGCAAGGUGAAGAAAAAAAAUCAUAGAUGGUGAAAAGAAGGCGACUCAUUUAUGUGCAUGAAGCUGUGAAGGAGCCGUUACCAGGCUGUGGGAAAAAUAAGUUCUGUUCUGCAAUAGUGCAUUCCGUAGUCCUUAGAGUUUUGUCGUGUUGUUGGUGGCCCUUGAGUAGGGAGAAAAAUAAGUGGCUGACAAUGAGCUCAUGCAAAAAAAAUGUCCAUAACAAAACAGAUUUUUGAAUGAAAUUCACUUACCAUCUUAAUGGAGGAAGUAUUGAUAGUUUCCUUCA